AUGGAAACGGGAAGGAACGACAAACGGCCAUGGAGCGGCUCCGACGAUGAGGAAAGGCUGAAGAGGCCUAAGGUGGACAAAGGCGAUGAUCGAACGGUGACGGAGGAGGAGGUGGAGGAGUUCUACGCCGCCCUCCGUCGGAUCCGCGAAGUUUCCAAAGGUGUCGUCUCAAGAAACGGCAGCCGAGGAGUUAGAGGCGGAGGACGGGGUGGUGCUGCCAGUUGGGUACCGGCGUUUAAGUGGGAGGACUUCGAGGAGGGUGGCGUCGUUGAAGUUAAUGUGACGGAGACACCGACAAACGAGGCGGAGACCAGCGGUGGAGAGAGUAGGAGGCGGACGAAGGUGGCCGAUGAGGAGAGAGUGGCGAAGGACGACGGGAGGUGCCUCGACUUGAACGCGCAGCCGGAAACCAAGGGCGUGGGCCGCUCUAAACCCGAACCGGGAGGUGAUUCUACCGCGUCAUUUCCACCUUCGAGCUCGUGA